GGCCCACGCAUACUUAUACCCAGAAAAACUGAUGUUCACACGUUCUAAAAUGCUGCAGUCCUUCAUCAGCAGGUUGUCUCAGUAAGUCAGCAGGACUCCGCUCCAAUCAGGUUGAUUGAAAAGGCUUUUGACUGUCAUAAUCCCAGCAAACAAACACUUUGCCGUCCAUUGGGCUCUGUUUCCUGUGUUUCUCUCAGAGGAGUCAUUAGAGAGUUUAAGGGCGCUUUAAAUGCACACACUGGGCUCUGCAGAGCUGCUGCUGCUGCUGUCGGCGAGGGGAAACACAAACACUGCAAGGUCAGUGAUGACUGCCGGUGUCUGAGGUAGAGGAGGGUGGCAAAGAGAGGCACAGGGGGAGAGAGACGGUGGGCACAGAGACGGGACCAGACGGAGGCGUCCAAGUCCACCUGGGAGGCCAUUCGCUGCUUCAACUCCAGCAAGAUGGAUUCAGAGAACAAUGAGUCGGGGGUGUGUGGCUGCUGUGGGCCGCUGAGGCCGAGGUACAAGCGACUGGUGGACAACAUCUUCCCAGAGGAUCCCAAGGAUGGCCUCAGUAAGUCCGACAUGGAGAAGCUGACCUUCUACGCCGUGUCGGCGCCGGAGAAGCUGGACAGAAUCGGCGCGUACCUGGCUGAGAGGCUGAGCAGAGACGUGGUGCGGCAUCGCUACGGGAAUGUGGUGAUCGCCAUGGAGGCUCUGGACCAGCUGCUGAUGGCCUGUCACUCUCAGAGCAUCAAGCCCUUCGUGGAGAGCUUCCUGCACAUGGUGGCCAAGCUGCUGGAGUCCAGAGAGCCGGACCUGCAGGUCCUGGGGACCAACUCGUUCGUGAAGUUCGCCAACAUCGAGGAGGACACGCCUUCCUACCAUCGCCGCUACGACUUCUUCGUCUCUCAGUUCAGCGCCAUGUGCCACUCCACGCACGAAGACCCAGAGACCAGAACCAAGAUCCGUGUGGCUGGGAUCAAAGGUCUGCAGGGUGUGGUGAGGAAGACGGUGAACGACGAGCUGCAGGCCAUCAUCUGGGAGCCUCAGCACAUGGACAAGCUGAUUCCCUCCAUGCUGUUCAACAUGCAGGACUCUGAAGAUCUAGACAGGGCGGGGCAUCCCAGCACGCCUUCGGGGACGGGUCAGGAUGGCGAGGAGAACCCGGCGGUGCUGGCCGAGAACUGCUUCAGGGAGCUGCUGGGCCGAGCCGCCUAUGGCAACAUGAAGAACGCCGUCCGGCCCGUGUUGGUUCACCUGGACCAUCAUCACCUGUGGGAUCCCAAUGAGUUUGCAGUGUCCUGCUUCAGAAUCAUCAUGUACUCCAUCCAGGCUCAGCACUCGCACCACGUGAUCCAGCAGGUCCUGAACCACCUGGACAGUCACAACAAGAGCACGCCGCGGCUCAGAGCCGGCAUCGUCCAGGUGCUGCUGGAGACGGUGGCCAUCGCUGCUAAAGGAUCCGUGGGAAUGAUUCACGAGUCCAAGGGAAGCGACGUGUUCAACUUUGAAAGCGAAAACCCGACUCCUCCCAAUCUGUGGCUCGGUCCGACGGUGCUGGAGGUCUUCAACACGCUGCUGAAGCACCUGAGGAUGAGCGUGGACUUCGAGCUGGGCGAGAGCUUCAGGAGGAACUCCAGCAGCAGCGUCUCGUCCGUCCGCGGCAAAGAGAGCGACGAGCGCAUCGUCCAGAACGCCAUCAUCCAGACCAUCGGGUUUUUCGGUGGAAAUCUGCCGGAUUACCAGCGAGCUGAAGUCAUGAUGUUCAUCAUGGGGAAAGUGCCAGUGUACGGGACCCCCUGCCACACCAUCGACACGGUUAAUAUCGGGCACCAGGGCACCAAGAGGAUCCAGACCAUGCUGCUCAGCUCCCUCAUCAUGGUGACCUCCGGGUUCAAGUCCAAGUCCAUGUCUGCUGCGUUGCCGCCGCCCUUCCUGGACCCGCUCUUCUCCAUCUCGCUGAUGGAGGACAGCGAGCUGAGGCAGCUGGUCCUCGAGAUCCUCCACAACAUCAUCGACCGGCACGAUAACCGCGCCAAGCUGCGCGGCAUCAGAAUUAUCCCCAAUGUUGCAGCGCUGAAGAUUAAAAGAGAGAAGAUCUCUAAGCAAGAUGUUGCAUUCAUGAAAAAGCACGGUCAGCAGCUCUACCGCCACGUCUAUCUGGGCUGCAAAGAGGAAGACAACAACCACAAAAACUUUGAGCUGCUCUUCACAACCCUGGCCAUUCUCACCAUCGAGCUGGCCAAUGAGGACGUGGUCGUGGACCUGAUCCGACUCUCCAUCGCUCUGCAGGAAAUGGCUCUGAACAACGAGGAGAACAUGCCCAUGUCCAUCCGCUGCGGCAUCAUGGCGCUCGUGGCGGCGUACCUCAACUUCCUGAGUCAGAUGAUCGCCAACCCGCCGUUCUGUCAGCACGUCAGUAAGGUAAUCGAGUUGAGAAACAUGGACGCUCCGUACCUCCUGCCUGAGCACAUCUUCAGAGACAAGUGUCCUCUUCCUGAAUCCUUGGACAAAGAUGACAGGCAGCUGUAUUUCCAAACGGCCGACAUGGCCGAGUGUCUGGCAGGGCCGGGGUACAACGUGGAGAGGUUGUCUGUCCCGUACAUCCCCCAGGUCACAGUGCUUUACACAGUAGGAAAAAUCCUCCACAGGUGCAAGCAGACAUCCAGAGACCGUCUGACCAGGAGGAAGAGCUUUGUGGACACCAUCUCCCUCCAAGUGGACAUCAUGUCCAACAGCCUCCCAGAUAAGCAGUCGGAGUUGGCGGAGGAGAUCACGUUUGAGACCCUGAAGAAGGCCAUCGAUACAACCGGUUUGGAGGAGCAGGAGAGGGAGAAGAGGCGUCAGGUGAUGGAGAAGUUCCAGAAGGCUCCGUUUGAGGAGAUCGCUGCUCACUGCGAGUCAAAGGCCAACAUGCUCCACGACCGCCUGGCCCAAAUCUUUGAGCUAACGAUCCGGCCUCCCCCCAGCCCGUCCGGAGUGGUCUCCAUCUCUACGGGACACACCCAGCAUCCGUCUGUCCCCGUCUACGAGAUGAAGUUCCCGGACCUGUGCGUCUACUGAACAAAGACGUGACUCCAAACGUAGACGAGGAACAACAGCAGCUGCAACCGCCACACUCUGCUUUUCCUCCAAUCAGCGUCAAAUCUGACCCAGCAGAGCGCCGCCAUGUUGUUUCUCUGACUUCACCGACCCUAAACAGACUCACCAAGAACAAAACCCAGAACAACGCAAACCGCUUUAAGUUGCCGUGGUGACGUGUCGAUGCUCCAGCUUCACGCCUUGUAGAUAAACUCCAGAAUAAACUCUGCUGUUAGGGGAAAAGAUUCAAACUACAGGUUUUAGCUGCUUCUUAAUAGACACCAGUAGUGGAAUAGUAGUAGAAAAAUCUAAAGCAGCCUCAGAGUUUAGUCUUACGUUCUGCUCCGCCAGAUCUCCUGUAUUUACUCUGAAAUAUCUGCCAAUCUUCACACCUGCUCAGCGGAUAAAAUCACAGUUCAGUUUAAAAGGCUCACGGUUGGUGAAACUAAACCACAGCUCUAAAUGUUCAACGUUCUCCAAAGUUGCAACUUUCACGUCGAUUCUUGGAUUAAAGUCUGGCAAAAUUUAACAAUAUUGCCAAACUAUAUAUCUGAUAAAGUUUUUUUUUUGUUUGUUUUUCAUUUUUCUCAACAAUAAAUUAGAAAACGAUCUUAUAAAAGACAGCUGGGACAUAAUUUUAGGUGUGUAUUUAUUCAUUUAAAUAUCAAUUUACCAGGAAUAAUCCAAACAAACACAUUUUGCUUCAUCUUUGCAAAUUAAAUAUGGGAAAAACUAUAAAGACAGGUGUUAAAAAUCUGAUUAUUUCAAUAGUUUCUUCUUUAAACCCUGGUUUUCCUGCCCCUGCUGUUCUUGGACUGAGCUGCAGGUUGGAAAACAUUUCUAACUACAGGCACAACAACCAGUGGAAACUAAUGGUGGAAAAUUAAUUAAGAUUCAAAUAUCAUAAGGAUAAAGAAAAAAAGAUAAAUUCUGCCAAAUUUGACUUUGUCUUGUGACUUUAUUACAACAUCCAAGAUCAAAUAUUUCACAUCCGUGGAGAAAAAUACAAUUUCUUUAAUUUCCUCCAUCAUUAUUAGAUUUAUGAACAGAAAACAGAAAAGCAGAGUGAAAUCUAAGCCUCCUAAUGCGUCCCUGUGUUUUAUUUUUACUUUUCAAAGUGCAGUUCAGGUUAGAAACAGUAGGGGGCAGCACAUCCGGAUUUAAAGCAUGCUAUUUAUACCAAGUGGUCUGAAAUUAUGUUACAAAUAGUAAAAAAAUCUACCAGAACACCUUGAUUUCUUUAACGCAACGUUGGAAAAACUUGAAAUGUGAACGAGUCGAUCACCAGAUCUUAACGGCUAGCUAACCCAGAGUGGUGGUAAGUUUGCAGAGUUGGAGCAAUUUUUAUGUUAACUGUGAAGAUUUAUGUGUUCUGGCCGGUUAUCAGAACUUUCCUCUAAUCUGAGUUCAGUGAGAGGAAAACCUGCUGAAGGUGAAUCUGGUCCUAAUGUGUUGGAUGUGGAUGUUUGUUGUCAGUCAUGCCCACCAUGCUACUUGAAAAGUGAAUUUUGACGGUUUUUAAUCACCAGCCUGAGCCUGUUACAGCUGAACUGUAGAUUAUUGGUUUCGUAUCCGUAACUAGUCUGUGGUGAAGCCGUAUCCUGUACGUUUACUUGAAUAAAAAAAAGCACCAAAAUCAGCAGAACAUCUAUGACUACGUCUUUAUACAGUAACAGUUUAGGUAGAACCACUGAGUCUCUCACAGGUUGUGUAAUUCCCCGUCAGUGUAAUACCCCCCAUGACCACUAGGGGCUCCAAACCCCUCAUUCAAUGAAAACAAAAAAUACUAAAUCAUUUAACUUUUACUACAAGUCGCUGCAGUCUAGAUUGAAGUAAAGGUAUUUCUUCACAUCUUGUUUAACUAUGGCUCCAAAAACCACGGCUGAAUGCAGAGUUUGAGACCGGGACGUUAUUUGGGUUAAAGUUAACGCUAACAAUAUAGCUAAUAAUGCUUCAUAGAGCCCGCGCUGUCCUGGGAUUCACGGGUUACGGUUGUUUUACAAAAUGGUUAAUUCUCCAAAACUUAUAACGUAUUAAGUUUCUCUGAAUUUACAGGAUACUUUCUCAGUUCCUACAUGACACUUAAAAUUUGGCAAUUUAUUUUUUUCAAGAGGCGUAAGUCAGACAACCUGAUAUCUACAUCCUGAUAGUUUUCCUCAUACUUACAAGCUGCUUUUUUCGUGCUUUUCGGGAAUUUGGUGGGUAUUAUAAAAGGAGACUGGACGGUAUUUAUAUAGGACAGAUAGUAGGGAACCAGAAAUGUAACCUGUAAAGCAAAAUAUACGCAGUUUUUACCUGCUAGCUUGUCCGGUUUGAACAAUAUGCGCUGCGAGUACUAGAAGGUAGGUAAGUUUCAGGAAGUAACCAAAGUUCUCUGUAUCCUGUAGGCUCCAGGAGAGCAUAGCUAUUCCCAACGUUGUGAAAACGCUCAGGUUGAAGUCGGGGAAGUGUUGGUUUAAGAAACUAGAUUUGGCUGUGGUUGUUUGGAGCGCCAUAAGUCUUUGUAGAUGUUGUAAAAAGAACCUGCACGACCCGCUGGCGUAGUUAGACGCUGAAAAGUGUAUAAAAGCACAUAACCUGCUCGUUGCCUCAUGAAAUUAGGAGAUUGUCCAUCUUCUCUUCAAGCUUCCCGUUGAUCCACCAGCUUUUGUACAGAAAUCUGAUUUAAAGGGAACGUAUUCUGACCACGAGUGGGAGCGAACUGAGCCGUUUGUCACCUUUAGCCCGUAAACACGUUGGAUUCCUGCGCUUUUCUCCACGUUACGUCUCGUUUCCACUCACCAGGGUUAAAUCAGCUGACCUCGUAGUUUAUUAGCUUUUUUUUUUUCCCUUUUGAACACUCGAGGAGGCGCUCUACAUAAAAACUCGCUGUGAAACAAAAUCCAUCUAAACUCGACCUCUCGCCGCCGACGGGAGAAUCGUCUGUUUUUAGAUGGAAAACGCAGGGAAUGCGUCGUUAAAGCAGCAGAUCAUAUAUUUUUGUAUAUUUUAUGCAUCGCAUGGUUCGGUUGUUGCCUGCUAGAGAUUUAAAAACAUAUCGUAUCAUUGAAAAUGCUGAAUCACUGUUGUUUACGUCAUUGUCUUGGGUUUAAAUCGGAUCAUGCAGCCGUUAUUCCUGCAGGAGAGAUUGUCUUUUCUUUUUUUUCAAUCGUAGAAAUUAUUUUAUCAAUUGAAAUGAGCUGUUAUAGAAAUAUAUUUUUUAGAUCUUGGGUGCAAUCUAGAAAUUUGCCAUCUGUUUAUUUUAUUCUUUUCCCAAAGAUGUCGGCUGUGGUUUUAGUCAGAAAUCGUCUCAAAGAUCAACGCACCAGCACAGAAAAACGUUUCCUCUUCAGCCGCCAUCUUGGAAAAAAACACACAAAAAAACGAGACCUGAAGUCAAAGUUAAAACCCAAACAUCAAACGACUUCUUUUCUUUCUUGCACAUGAACGUUUGUCAGUAUUAGCUGUUGAGGGCAGGUCCUCUGGAGCAGAUGGAUGCAUGAAUCUGAGCUUUGUGAGAGAAUAGGGACCAGCAGGCUCUGUCAUUUCAAACCGAGUCGACAUGCAAAAAAACGGCUCAAGGUUGCACUUUGAUCUGAAGGUACUGAAG